UUUGUAGUUGUUUACCUUCUACUUCUCUUUCUACUCUCUGGGGCAAGAGCAGUUUCAGUUUCUUUUUGGGCGAUUUUUUCUUCUUCCUGACGGGUUCGACGUGUGAAUCCAUGACGACUUCUGCUGAAAAGUGACUCGUGAUGGAAUGCGUGGUUCGACUUUAUGGGCGUUUUUAACCAAUCAGUGACGUGUGGUGUGAUGGGAUCAUGUGACGGUCUUCGUUCCGAUUGGCGGGAUCUGAAGUGGGCACGUGAUCCGGGAAAAGUACGGAGUGAAAGUGGAUCCACGGCGCGGGUAUAAAAGGAGCCCGUGGGACGCAGCGAAUCAUUCUCGACUUGCUGUUGACGCGGUGAUGACCUGUAGGAUUUUGGAUGAGACAACAGUUGAAUCGAGCUUCCGACGUUUUGGAUAGAGUCGAAAAAGAAGGCGAAAGACCGUUACACGCGAGGAUAAUUGACUUGGAGUUAUGUCUUGUCUCUCCUUUGUACUAUAGGCUCCAGAGGCACUUGAUAGACUGGGGUGUGCGUGGUUGCUAUCCUCAUUUGUCGGGCUUGGAUAUCACGAAGCGAGCGGAUCGAGAAGGAAAGAAGUUUAACGAGUUUGUCUGAGGGUGUCAAGAUGACUUACUAUAGCAACUCGAACCAGAUUCGGGACCUCGUGGAACAGAUCGUGGAUCUGAAGGUACACACUUUAAGAGAUCUCGACGCCAUUCCGGAUGUCAGAGUGGACAUGUACAUUUUUGACAAUCUCUUCGAACCGUCAGGUCAAAUACCCGAUAGUCUGUGGUCUUUCGAGCUCUUGAUGAGACGUCGUCCUGACUGGGGUGGUACGAUUUUGGAGAUGAUGAAGAAGAACAAACACGUGUUUUUGUUCUGCGGUGAGUGGUGUCGCGUGAUGUACCGAAGUGGUAGCGGACAAUUCAAAUUCGUUCAUUGUCGGGAUCCCACCCUGGACACCGAGCGUGCCUGUUUGAUCGCCACGGAUCACCUCACGUACAUGAUGAGCGAUGUCAUCCGUGAUCUGUUUGAACCCUUGCGGUUCGCUCGCGACCUAUCACGACGGGUAAGGGAGUCAGACGAGAGUCCCAAGGUGGAGGAGAUACUGACGAUCAACAGGUGCGAUUACAGGGAAACGUGUCUGAAGUUGGAAGAGUUGAUCUACGAUGUCAUGCGUCAGCGUGAUCUUUGGAAGGAUCGGUUUUUCUUCCGUGCCCUUGAAGCGGAUCAGGAUGACCUGUGUGGUGAGUGUAAAGAGAGUAUGCGCCAAGCAUUCUAUGUGAAGGGGAACGAGGAGGAAGCCCUGAAGUGGAGACCCGGUAAAGUGGGUUGUGAUUGGAGAAAUUGUAAAUAUUAUGCCAUGGAUACCUAUGAGGAAGACUGUGAUAAUGAGUACGGUCAGGAAUGGAAGAACACGGAAUAUACCCAGUACUUUUCAGAUUCAGACUAAGUCUUUUCUUCGCCU